AUGCAGGACAACCGACCCGAUAAACCUACAAAACCCGCACUCCCAUCGAAACCUGUUAUCGCUUCCAAGCCCAAAUACGUUCCGCCAGUCAAGACUCAACGAAAACCCCAACGCGAAGACAAUCCGUCUCCCUUAAAUCCUCCAAGACGUCUAAAUGUCAGCGAGCAAAAACCCCACUAUGCUAAGGAAUUACAAUCAGCCAAGGAAUCAGGUGCAUAUAUACACAGUGACAAAAAAAUCGACUACAGGGAAUGUUUCUCCUCACAGAAGGAAUAUAUGACGAACGUGAAAUACGAUGAGUAUACUUCAUCGUAUGUUAGUGAAAAAUGUGAUAAAUUUAAUACAAACUUCGACGCGUACAAAAAAGUAGAAGAAAUAAUCCAAAAAACGCCAAACUCUCCAAGCACAGUAUGCUGCAGCAUUUUAUCAAACGCAACAACCGACUGUUGCGGCAUCAUAAACAUAAACAAGGGUGACGUCUCUAAAACCAUGACGAAACUAGACUCGGUAGACUCCAACUCAUCAGAUUCCGGCGGCUUCAAGGACUUCAUCCAACUAGACAUCAAUCGCAAACCUUCUCCCGACAAGGAACCAUCGAAACCCGAAUCUUAUCAAACCCACCAACGUAAAAUUUCCCAACCCGACUUCCUCGAUAAAAAGCUAACCGAACUCAAACCUUACGGCCACCAAAGGAAAUCAUCGCAACCCGAUUACAUGUCCCCGGAAGUCCGCCAGUCCGUCGCACAAAACAAACAGAAUUUCAUCGCGAACGCACAAGCCUUGGCGCAAUUCCUGCCGCAAACCGAACAGAAAAUACUCCAGCACAAGCAACAACAAGCCUACGACAGAACGGACGACUGUUUCCGUCAACAGAUCGCCAUGUACAACGCACCCCAAAAGACUGAAGAACCGAAAACGAAACCGAAACCGAUCACUGCUCACGGUCAAUUCCAGCAAUCAACGAAAAAAUUGGAGGAACUCCUGUCGCAAAGACUGGAAAAGGAGAAGGUCCUGAGGAAAGGCCAGAACUGUUUGCUGGACGGUGAAUCUAGUCAGGAUGUUGAGCAGAAGAUGCUCGUGCAGAAGCAGAUUCAGCAGAAGUUGCAGGCGGAUCUGCAGCAAACAGUCAAACAGAUUCAGGAGAAACAAAGUAUCGAACUCAGGUUACCACAAAACAGGAAAUGGAAUGAGAGCAAUCGAAGUCAACCUGCCAUUGGUCUGAAGCACACUCCAAAAGCAAGGCCGACGAUAUUUGGGACUGUUGCUUCCGACCUCACACCGAAAGACUGUUCAAAUCGAAGAAGCUUACCACAAACGCCACAAACAAAAAAUUUCUCAAAAAUUUUCAACGGAGAGUCAAACCAAGAGAGUUCCGGUGACCCAGGAUCCCAACAGGAUAACGCCCUGGUUUACAGGGAUGGCAACCUGCUUUCCGGUCCAUUAGAGGCUCUCAUCCAGCACAUGGUACCAACAGACGUGUAUUAUCCAGACAGAACCUAUUUAUUCGCCUUUCUUCUGUCUUCAAGACUAUUCAUCAAACCGCACGAUUUGUUAGCAAAAAUAAGGGCGUUGAGUGAGACCCAACAAGGAUUGGGAAAUACUCUAGGGGGUGGCCAGCAUGCCGGUCAGGUUCGGUUUGCGGAAUAUUUGGUACAGUUGUUGGCUGAAUGGACAGAGAUUUUUCCCUACGAUUUUAGGGACGAACGAGUAAUGCAACAUAUCCGUACCAUAACGCAGCAAUGCUGCGCAGUAAACGGUGGCCUGCGCCAAAACGUCUCGGCCAUGCUCCAUAACCUGCUCCAACGCCUCAACGCUCUCGAACUGUACGAGAAGUCUAUCGAAAACCAGUCGUCGGUCGUUGAUGAGAACUGCACAGACAUUUCGGAGGUAUGCCCCAAUCCAGCGAUUCUCGCGCAGCAGCUCACGCACGUAGAACUCGAACGGUUGUCGUUCAUCGGGCCGGAAGAGUUCGUGCAGGCUUUUGCUAAGGAGAAUCCGCACUUGGAGACGUCGUUCAAGGAUAUGAAAAAGACCCAAAAUUUGGAACAGUACGUCCAGUGGUUUAAUAGACUGAGCUACUUUGUAGCAACCCAAGUUUGUAAAUAUCAAAAGAAAAAGAUGCGCGUCCGUGUGGUAGAAUAUUGGAUAGAAGUAGGACGGGAGUGCUUCAAUAUUGGUAACUUUAACAGCCUAAUGGCGAUUAUAGCUGGACUAAAUAUGUCGCCUAUUUCCAGACUGAAGAAAACGUGGAGCAAAAUCCAUUCAGGCAAGUUUGCUAUUCUGGAGCAUCAGAUGGAUCCCAGCAGUAAUUUUAGCAGCUACAGGAGUACUUUGAAGGCGGCGAUGUGGCGCAGUGCUGGAGCUGUAGACCAGCGGCAGAGAAUUGUUAUUCCUUUCUUCAGUUUGCUGGUGAAGGAUCUGUAUUUCCUUAAUCAGGGUUGUUCAAACAAGUUGCCAAAUGGUCACAUAAACUUUGAGAAGUUUUGGCAAUUGGCGAAACAGGUAACAGAGUUUAUGGCUUGGAAACAAGUGACGUGUCCAUUUGAAAAGGACGCAAAGAUAAUAUUUUUGCUUCAACAUGGACCAAUCUUGAAUGAAAAUGCUUUGGCUCUCGCGAGUUUUGAAUGCGAACCGCCUGAGAACAACCAAGAGAAGGAGCGUUGUAAGAAUCUCAAAACUGAAGGCACCUCCAAUUAAACGAGGUUUGGAUAAUGUUGUGUUGUCCGCAAUGUAUACAACAGUAAUGAGCUAUGCAUUUUUUAAUGUUUCUGAUAUUUUAAGUUGUUUUAAUGAUACUGUAUUUUUUUAUUAAUUUCUGUACAUAACGUAUGUAAAAGUUUGUAUUAUAUUUUAUGAUUUAAGAUUUUUUAUGCAGAUCGAAAUUAUUUUUAUCCUGUGAAGUAUUGAAUUUAUAUUAUUGAUAUUGUGAUGAUUUUUAUAGCUUUUUAGCUUUAGUUGUUAUAAACAAGCACAAAUUUGUUAUGUACCUUAUUGUUUUUAGUGUUCAACACUAAUGACACUAUUCUUCACAUGAUUCCUUUACUGAAAUAUCCACAAUAUAUGUAUGCCAUAUUGAGUGUUAUUUGAACAUGCAUGUGAUAAUUCAGAUAAUAUACACAUACCUUAAAUAAAUCUCUAAGGCAAAAAAAACAUAUUAUCUUGAAAUUCUUGACAACAUUUUAAUUUUUUGCUUUACAGAAUUAUUUUGUACUGAAUAUUUAUACUAUUUGUAUAUACGGAAGUGAUAGUGUCAAAUAAUUUAAAACAAAAUUUGCCAUUGUUGGAUUAUUAUUUAAGUUUAUUAUGUAUACUACUUGCAAAUGAUCUUGCUUUUCAGCCUAUUGAUGUAUUUUAACUGUAUCAGUUCAAAAGUAUUAGAAAUUAGUUUCAUUAGAAUGUUUUUAUUGGAAAGAAAACAGAUACUCAAUAUUUCAAUAAUUAUUAACCAGUUUUGUACCUAUUUGUAAUGUUUUAUACCUCAGUGUUUUUUACAAAUAUUUAUAAUGAUGUACUUAAUAUAUUGACCAAUGUAUAACAGUAUUUACUCUAAAUUUAUAAGUAUUUAUCACGUCAGGAAUUAUUGAAGUCGCAGUUAUUAUGGCAACAUUAUAAAUGUGGCAUCAACAAAAGUAUAUUAUAUUGUAAUUUAAUUACUACAAAAAGCUUCGCCUCACUCUGCAUUAGUUAUUAACUAAAGAACUUAAAAAGACUUAAAAUUUUCAGUAUUCUAGUCACUAGAUAAGGUUUGCAAUGCUAACUACAUAUUGUAUUGUAGCUAUUUAUAAUAAAAUUACUAUGUAAAAAUCAUUUGUAAUGUAUUAAAUUGUUUUAUGUAUAAACUAUAUAAAAUAACA